CUUUCCUAAAGGUGGUUGGUCCAUUUUCAUUCCAAUUUAAUUAUUCCUACUCUGUGUUUCCCAUUAUUUGACUAUUUCUACUAAUCAAUCAUUUCAAUAAUCACAUUAUUGUAGUGUAUAUAUUUUACUAAUCCAUAUCCCUCGUGAUGCUCCUUCUUUUUGUGUAUAUAUCCUUUUGUCUGCAACUUCCAUUUCUUGAUACUACAACUUCACUAAAAGAAUCUUGUUCUUACUCCCAACUUCACCACUUUUGUAGGGUUGAGUUUACUUUGAGUAGAAGAUUAAAACCGACAUGAAGCAAAUAUAAAUGAAGAUGAGAGUGGAAACCGCACUUGUGAUUCUCUCAGUCCUCAUAUCAGUUCAGCUAUGUUAUGGAGGUGCAAGCAACUGGACGUGCACGUGCUUCUCUUCAGGCAAUCAAAGUGAUAUCUUGGAAUCUAACUGUUCCACAUCAUGCAACUGCAGACCAGCGGAGAGAGACCAAUGGGUAUGCUUGUGUCCGGCAAAUGGAUUUCCAAUAAUAGCCGUUACCGGUUCAAACUCUUCAUGCUUCACUGCUUGCAACUGCUCUUCUGGACCUUUGAAGAAGCAAUCUUUAUCAAGGAAACUCCUUCUCGUUACACUAAUCUUCUGCGUCGCAGUUACUUCAGUAGCCUUCCUUGCCUCCAUGUUUUGCUACAUUUACCGAAGGAGCAGCAAUGUUUCUGGACAAAGCCCUUCAGUCUCUUCAGACAGAGAAUCUAGCUGGCAUAGCUCUUCCAACUUAAUAGCCCGUAAAAGCUCCAUCUCACAACCCAAGAUCAGCAUCACCUCCUCACUCUCAGGAUGUUUCUUUCAGAAUGCUUCUUUGUUUUGCGUGAGUAAACCGGAAACAAUACACGGAAUGAUCUUUCAGUUCUCAUACGGAGAGCUAGAGCAAGCGACCAAUAAGUUCGCCAGCAGCAACGUUAUAGGACACGGAGGUUUACAAAGCGGUUCAAGCUCUCCAACAAUGGGACUGCAAGGAACGUUUGGCUACUUUGCACCUGAAUACGCUAUUGCAGGAUGUGCUUCACCUAUGUCAGAUGUGUUCAGCUUCGGUGUUGUUCUACUCGAGCUUAUAACCGGUAGAAAACCGAUACAGAAACCAAGCAACAACAAAGGAGAAGAAAGUCUUGUUAUUUGGGCUAUGCCACGUUUACAAGACAGUAAGAGGGUGAUUGAGGAGCUGCCUGAUCCGAGGCUCAAUGGGAAGUUUGCUGAAGAAGAGAUGCAGAUAAUGGCGUAUCUUGCUAAAGAGUGCUUGCUUCUGGAGCCAGAAGCUAGGCCAACAAUGAGAGAAGUUGUUCAGAUUCUUUCUACCAUCAUGCCAGAUACUUCAAGACGUAGAAACUUCCCCAUCAAUCAUCUUUUUCCGAGUAAUGAGAAGAAGAAAGAAAACAAAGUAGGAUGGUCAAGAGGUGGGAGCAGGAGUGCACAGGAAGAGGAGUCAGUGGAUCUGACUGAGCCACGGUUCGAGUCCUUCUGCCUGCCGAAUGUUAAGCCGGUCUUGCUUGAACCAUCUGCACAUAUUUAAAAGUACAUAGAAAAGCACAGAACAGAAAAAAAACAACACUAAGCCGUAUCGCAUGUGUGUAGAUAAAAGCUCACUCUGCCACUCUGGGCAAAGGGUAAAGCAUUGAGGCUUGAGCGUUUUAUUGAAGUGUGUCAAAAUUUGUUUUAAACUGUUGACUUUUAAUUUAUAAUAGAAUAAAAUAUUUUUAACAAAACUACAA